AUGAACGGCCCAGGCGAGAUAAUGUUCAAGCAGUUUUGGCGCGAGCUUUCUAAGGAAGGUUGGAGGCCACGUCAGCCGGUCGGACUUGCCAAGCACCACCGCUACGUGAGGCCUGGGGUCAAGGGUCGUCUAGAUGAAGCGAGACGCGGGGAGGACUUCUUUGAAGAGUUGGCACCCCAUGCUGACGCACCAGGACCAGCUACGACAGUGCAGCCAUGUCCGUGUUCCAGUCCGGUGAAUACGAAUGAGCAGCCAUCUACAUUACACCAGCGUUCAGUCGAGCCUGAGCCCCCGUCUUUGGGAGAAGGUUGCCUAAGCCUUGUCGUGUCUCCGACUCCUAUUCUGGCCUCUACAGAGCAAGAAGCUGUCACUGCCUCUUAUGUUCCGGAGAGUACAGACGAUAACUUCAUGAAGGGGCUAUGGUCGGAAAAGCUGUUCGCAGACGUACAAGAUGUCGACGAUGUGGCACUGAAUAAAGGUGAUCCGGACACCGGUAUAUUUGACUUGACGUCCGAUGAACUGCGGGGUUUUGCGGAGUCAGGCUGGACAGUUUACGAUGAAGAACGUAGUGUGCUGUCGCGGCUUCCCGUCGAGCUAAAAUACUCGCACGUCAGGCUGAAGACCCAAGAAGUGGAGAUUUACUGUGGAGCAGACAAGAAUAAGAAGCAGAAAGAGAAAACGAAUCAUGACACUUUGGGACUUGGGCCUCUGGCCGUCAUGAGCAACAUAUCCAAAACGCUCGCCGACAUGGCAUUAGUGAAUCAAUGCAUCGUUCAAUGUAUUACGCUCAAGAAUAAAGGUUUUGCUCCGCCAACCCACGCCGAUUAUUUGCGCCGGUUGCACAACCAGUUGCUGGCGCUGCAAACAAUCAAGUGUGAUACCCACCUGAAUGCCGAAGACCUGGUGACUGUACCGAUUCAACACCAGAAACACAAGUUGGUGAACACAGCUGACUUCUAUUCUUCGAGCAAGCAAACCAAGCGGCGACAGUACCUUUGUAAAAAGUGUUCGGCGUUCUCGGCCACGAAAAAGAAGUCUUUCGAAAUCAGCUAUUACUGCGAGGACUGCAGCGAAAUCUUUGGCGGUCGGGUGCCGCUUAUCCGACGCAAGGAUGAAGGGAACAAAAGUACAUGCUACGAGGUGGGGCACGAAAAUCUGGAACAGUGGUAG